CGAUGUAACACUACAACAGGACACAGUUUCCAUUACAUAAAAUGUAGUAUAAAAUUAAUAAUUUAAUAUUAAAUACUAGCAUAUCAUACGACGAUUCGUCGUUUAUAUAACUUGAAUCGGUUUUCAGAGGUUACGAAAAAAUAUUUUAUUUGAAAAUGGGGAGAAACAUGUUUUUUAAACUUUUAAUAUUUCGCAUUACAUUAAUCACCUUAUUCGUUUUCAACACAUCAUCACAACAAGUAGUAAAAAAUCUUGGUUUGAGAGAAGGUGAGAUAUGUCGGAAAGCCCAGGGCCAAGAUCCAGAAUAUGUGUGUAAAAGUACUAGACACUGCAAAGCACAUGAUGGAAGUAUUAGAAUUCGUAAACAUCUUGAUAUAUGUAAGUUAGUUGGUUCAAAACCGAUAGUUUGCUGUCCUGCAGAGACAACCUUUGAAAAUUUUUUUGAAAUACCAAAACGUAGAACUGGAUCAUCAAUGUCUGCAGAUGAAAAAUGUUAUCAAUAUUCAAAAUCACUGAAAUUUGACUAUGAACCUGUACGAAUAGAUGCUGGAAUUCAUAAUCUAUUAUCGUUUAAAAACAAACAGUGGCUAAAAUUGAAUCGUACACAUCAUCAAGUUCAAAGUCGGUUGCUGGGGUCCGCUCCAUACGCAGCUGGCGGUAUAGAUGCUAAACUAAAAGAGUUUCCACACAUGGCGCUAAUAGGUUAUGGUACUACCACAACAAACGCAGAUGACUGGAGAUGUGGAGGUUCAUUGAUAAGUGAAAGGUGGAUUUUAACUGCAGCACACUGUGAAAUGAUAGAAGGGAAUUUUGCUCGUUGGGCUCGCCUUGGAGUUUUGCAAAGAGAAUUCAAAGAAAUCUACAAAAAUCGACGUGGAGACUACAAAAUAGUGCUUCAUGUAAUACAUCCCGAUUAUAAAUAUCCUUCUCGAUACAACGAUAUAGCUCUAUUCCGUCUGGAAAGGGACGUCGAACUCUCCGAAGCAGUUCGACCGAUUUGUCUCAACUCGUAUCCGUCUUUAACGCCAUUAUUACAGAUAGCUACUGGUUGGGGACGAAUUUCUACAGCUGGACCACUUAGUGACACUCUGUUAAAAGUGAAUUUAGAGGUUUUCCCGACGAAACGCUGCAACGAAAGUUAUCAUAAUGAUUCAAAAUUGAGAUAUGGAAUAUUACCCGGCAGCAUGAUAUGUGCGGGAUCGUUUGAUGGCAGAAGAGACACUUGCUCGGGUGAUUCGGGAGGUCCACUUCAAGUAGCACAUGCUGAAUUCGCCGAUAUGUAUACACAAUACGGGAUUACAUCUUUUGGGAAAUUGUGUGCUGACAAGAAUACGCCUGCAGUUUAUACUAGAGUAGCUAAAUACAUAUCUUGGAUCGAAAACAUUGCGUUUUCAAAUUAUUUGAAAAUGGGAAAUACCAUAUUUUUUAAAGUUAUAUUAAUUACCAUUGCAUUAAUCAUUUUAUGCAUUUACAACACAUCAUCACAACGAGUGGUAAAAAAUCUUGGAUUAAAUGAAGGUGAGAUAUGUCGAAAAUCCCUCAAACCAGAUCAAAAGUAUGUGUGUAUGGCUACAAGACACUGCAACGCUUUUAAAGAAAGCGUUAGAACUCGUAAUUAUCUUGAUAUAUGUAAGUUCGUUGGCUUACAACCGAUAGUUUGCUGUCCAGUAACGGCUAAUGAACUACUAAAAACUAAAAAUGCAGAAAGAUCAAUAUCUGCUGAUGAAAAAUGUUAUCAGUUUUCCAAAUUACUGAAAAAUAAAUAUAGGCCUUCAUUAGUGGGUGGUAAGCCGUCUAAAAAAGAAGAGUUUCUACCCACGAUAAUAUUGAACCGUAAACGUCGAGCUCUAAAACCUCAGCCUUAUUCGGUGGGUGGUACAGCGGCUAAAAUUCAAGAGUUUCCACACAUGGCGCUAAUUGGUUAUGGUGCCACUACGACAAAUGGAGACGAUUGGAAAUGCGGUGGUUCACUGAUAAGCAAAAAGUGGAUAUUGACUGCUGCUCACUGCCAAGAAAGCUCUGGGAAUAAAGCUCGUUGGGCUCGCCUUGGAGUUUUGGAAAGAGUCGUUAAUGAAAGCAACGCAGAUCGACCAAAAGACUAUCAAAUAGCGGAACAUGUAAUACAUCCCGAUUACAAUCCACCUUCGCUGUACAACGAUAUUGCCUUAUUCCGUUUGGAGAGAAACGUCGUAUUUUCCGAAAAAGUGCGACCGAUUUGUCUUAACACUGAUCCGUCUUUAACACCGUUAAAGCAAAUAGCUACUGGUUGGGGACGAACUUCAACGGCUGGACCACUUAGUGACAAUUUAUUAAAAGUGGAUUUGGAUAUUUUCUCGACAAAACACUGCAACGAAAGUUAUUAUAAUGAUCCAAAAUUAAGAUUUGGAAUAUUACCUGACAGCAUGAUAUGUGCGGGUUCGUUUGACGGCACAAAAGACAGUUGCAUGGGUGAUUCAGGAGGUCCACUUCAAUUGGAACAUGUCAACUACACGGGCAUGUAUACACAAUACGGGAUUACAUCUUUUGGAAAAUUUUGUGCCGACAAGGAUACACCCGGAAUUUAUACUAGAGUAGCCAAUUAUAUUCCAUGGAUCGAGAAAAUUGUAUUUUUAAAUAACUGAAGACGUAUAAUAAAGUUUAGGGAGUAAAAGAAAAAAUUGAUUUUUCUUUUUUACAUUGUGUAACAUUCAUAUAUCAUACAUUCUAUUCCACAUUGUUCAUUUAAAUGAUUGCCGUAGGUUACAUAUUACAUAACUUAAUAUAAAUACAUUAUUUACUCGUAAUUUAUCCGUCGGUUGAAACCUUAUAUUAUUAAAUGGCCGUUAUUUAACGACGAUUAGUAUUUACUAUUUAGUAAUUACUCAUUUAACAUUUUUCGUUGGUGUGUGGAGUGUGCACGUUGGACGUUAUUGCUUAUUU